CUCUCGUCUUGCGUUGACACGCAGUCACUUGAAACGUUCCCGUGUUUAAGGGCCUCGUGUGUGUGUGUGUGUGUGUGUGUGUGUGCGUGCGUGUGUUUGUGUGUGCUCCGUGUUUGCACCGCGAUGGAUCACACACUGUUCGGGUGCCUGCGGAGCCCCCACGCCCCGGCCCAGGCCCUGCACCCCGCCUUCACCCAGUCGCCCCUGACCCUGCACGGACGCUCGGACCACGUCUCCUACCCGGACCUGGCCUCUUCCUCGUCCUCCUCCUCCACCUCCUCGCCGUCUCCCUGCAUCGUCUCCAGCUACCCGGUGGACGACGGCCUGUUUGCCGGGCAGCCGCAGCAGCACCACCACCACCACCACCACCACCCACACCACCCCCACCACCACCCCCACCACCACCACCACCCUCACCGCGGCCACCUGCCCUCGCAGCAGCAUCACCACCCGCCUCAGCACCACGCGUCGUGGCACGUCCCGCAGAUGCCGUCGCCCGGCGGCAACAUGCGGCACGGCCUGGGCCACCCGCACCCCCACCCGGCCCACGACGGCGGGCCCGGGCCCGCGCCCCCGGACCUGGGGCACCCGGGGGGGCCCAGCAUGUGCGCCAGCACCCCGAGCCUGGGCGUCGGCAGCGGCCCUACGGGGGCCUCCUGCGCGCCCGCGGACUUCGGCAGGCAGACCCUGUCACCUGCCGAGGCCGAGAAGAGGAACGGCAAGAGGAAAAGCGACAGCUCAGAGUCCCAGGACGGGAAUUACAAGUCCGACGUGAGCAGCAAACCCCGGAAGGAGCGCACGGCGUUCACCAAGGAGCAGAUCCGAGAGCUGGAGGCCGAGUUCGCCCACCACAACUACCUGACCCGGCUAAGGCGCUACGAGAUCGCCGUCAACCUGGACCUCACCGAGAGACAAGUGAAGGUGUGGUUCCAGAACAGGCGGAUGAAGUGGAAGCGGGUGAAGGGCGGCCAGCAGGGGGCGGCAGCUCGGGAGAAAGAACUGACCAACGUGAAAAAGGGCACGUUGCUGCCGUCGGAGUUCUCCGGCAUGGCGGCGCUGCACCACUCGACGGACUCCCUGACAAACGAGGACAGUCACGACAGCGACCAGAGCUCCGAGCACGCCCACUUAUGAUCCGCGACCCCCCCCCCCACCUCCUCUCAGAGGACAGGCCCUUAGAAGGACUGCUGUUUGCUGAUUCGCCCAUCGUCGUACAACGACGCUAAAUAAGUGUGCAAAUCCACAGAGGAGUCAGACGUGGUUGAGACGAUGCAAAAAUGUAGAUUUCAAGAGCUGACAACGUAGAGGAGGAUUUCGUUAUGUUUUAAAGGCACCAUUGGUUUAAAAAUGCCCUUGAGGAGAGCCAAAAAAAAAAGAGACAGCAUUAACAUUGAGGGUUUUUUGGGGGUUUUUACCCCCAAACACCGAAUAUCACGUCACAUUUUGGAAGUACCUACUCGGUCGAGCUGUUGUAAACAUUCCACGUUGUGCGUCUCGAGAAAAAGCAGGCUUUGACUUUGCACUGUUGAGCACUCAGUCUGCACCUCAGUCAGUUUCCACUGUACAAAAUGUAAAUGACCGUGUAUUUCAGUUAUUGAAAAAGCAAAAAAAAAAAAUAA